AAGGCGGCCAGAAAUUUACGGGUCGCCGCUACUAGGCACGGACGCGGGUGUGAGCGGAUCGUGACGGAAGGAACCGGAGGACAGCGGGACAGCUGGACAGCCGGAAACCGCUCGCCUGUCAUCCGCGUCCGGCGCACAAUGGCGAAGGAGAUGAGGUGGCCACGGCGGCGGGUUCCGGUGCUGGGAAGACUUCCUGCUCUCGUGCUGCUCACGGGACUCGCUGUCACUGUAGUCCGAGGACAGAACGCAGGGGCAUCAGACCCGUGCUGGUACGGCAACUACGCGGAGUGCCAGGCGAGCUGCUCGCGGUACUACGGCGCCGGAGGACGCUGUCGGGGCUACCAGUGCGUGUGCACUCCGUCCACCAUGUUCCCAGGAUACCCUCCGCAGUUGGGACCACAGGUGCCACCACAGAUGGGACCACAGAUGGGACCGCAGCCUGGUUUUGGAAGCCGCAUGAGCGAGGAAAUGAGAGAAGUGCCUUGCCUGUCGGGUAACCCCAGGUGCGAGCAGUUCUGCGUUCAGCACACGGGAUAUGGCGGCACCUGCCACGGACAAGCCUGCAAGUGCUACGCCCUUACCAGGCCAUCGUGAAGCAGCAUGUUGAAGAGGAAGAUUUGCUUCCGGACGAUGACAGCGGCAGCAUAGCCUGGAGGCCCGCAUUCAACAACUCCCGGACGUUAAGGCUCGUAAGAAAAAUAUUAAAGGCCCUCCA